AGGCGCUGUUGGGUGCUGAGCUCCCUGUGUAGUGCGGGCUCACCGGCCAGCUGGAAUUGCCGUGUUCGCGAUAUGGCUAGAGGACAUCAGAAGCUCCAGUCACAACAGAAAAAUCAAAAGAAACAAGCAGAACAGAAAAAGAAACAUGGACAUGAUCAAAAGGCUGCAGCCAAAGCUGCCUUAGUAUUUACCUGUUCUGUCUGUAGGACUCAAAUGCCAGACCCCAAAACCUUCAAGCAGCACUUUGAAAGUAAGCACCCAAAGAACCCACUUCCUCCAGAGCUGGUUGGUGUUGAGGCAUAGAUUAAAAGGUUGUAAUUGUCACCGCUUUAGGUUAGGACUAUAUGGAUGUUUUCGGCGCGAUCCAACGCGCUGCAACAAAACGCUGCCGUCAAAUUGCAUGCAACGGAAAUAAGGUAAGUGAAUGCAUUGUCGGAUGGUGUCGCAGCUGCAACUUCAUUCGACAUUUCCAUUACUUGCCUUAUUUCCGUUGCAUGUGUUUUGACGCCAGUGUUUUGUUGCAGCGCGUCAGAUCGCGCAUAAAACGUCCACGUAGUUCUACCCUUACUCCCUACACAUGAGGCAUAGGUUGUGUGCAUGACUUUGUUUGGGUUAUCUGACCAGAUGUUAGCUAUUGUCCACAUAUAGGUUGACCCUGCCCUUCUUGUCACCCUUUGUGUUUGUGUCCCUAAAAAUUCAUUUAUUUUUUACCUUUAGAGCCACAUGUGAGCUAUAAAAAUGCAAAUUUUCUUCUUGGAAAGUAUUUCAUUUCAUAGCACUGUCAUCCUAAUAAUUAUUUAAAGCAGAAUUUAAAAGCCAAUAUAAAGGAAGAAGUGAUAAUGGAAAGUGAGGAAGCUGAAGCCUUAUGGCUGGAGCUUUUUACAUAGUCCAGCAAAUUAAUUGUAGGAGUAUGUUAUAGACCCCCUAAUGUAAGUGAGGAGGAGGAGGCCAAGCUCCUGGUGCAAAUAGAAAAGGCUGCUAGUUUGGGGAAAGUAAUGAUAAUGGGGGAUUAUUAAUUACCCAGAUAUUGACUGGAGCAACAGUACUGCCAGGACAGUUUUAGGAGAAGGAAAGUCUGUUCGCACUUGGGGCGCCAAAUGUUAUGCAUGCGCAGCAGCACAAAAAGCAGAACUGAAAAGUCGGAUAUUUCAUUCUACUGCACAUGCGUUUGCCCAGGGAAAUUUGAAGAAAAAAGAAGCCGGUAGAAGAUCUCUCCGUGGUGCUCACUGGAAUAACUCUGGGCCGGUGCAGUUUUCUGCCGAUAGGGUUUCAGGUAAGUCAAAACAAUCACUUGGGGGUGCCUAACAUUUGGCACCCCAAGACAGACUUUCCUUCUCCUUUAAUGGGAGAAUUUUUAUAAACUGGUGACAAUUUUAUGUCACGGGAUGUUGAAAUCAUGCUAUAGUGGAUCUAGUGACCAAGAACCCCUGUGAACCACUGGGUAAUAGUGACCAUAAUGUUAUCUCAUUUAAGGUUUGGGGCAAAAAACAAAGGAAGAUUUUUUUUAUGCUCGGCUGUGAGCAAUAAAUCUCUUGAAAAUUCUUCUCCAUUACCAAUAAUUAAAAUGGCUGGUGGUAUUCCCAACUUGUCAAUAAAUCACCCAAAGUUGCCUCUGGAGGAAACUUUGGCGAUUUAGCGAUAACUAUGUCUAAAUAUAUAUAAGGAGAUCAUAUAAUAAUCUCUCUAAUGCUUUAUUUACCAGUAGGUCUUUCCAGCUGACACGAGGUCACCCAUUCCGAUUAGAAGAAAAGAGGUUCCGCCUAAAUAUUCAAAAAAAGUUUUUUUUACAGUGAGAGCUGUGAAGAUGUGGAAUUCUCUCCCUGAAUCAGUCAUACAGGCUGAUACAUUAGAUAGCUUUAAGAAGGGGUUGGAUAUCUGUUUUGAGUCAAAAAAAAGUGCCGCAUUCAUAAAUGAGACUCCUUGUCUGAUGAUUGAACAAAUAUCCCGACAAUGUGUUGCUUUCCAUGCAACUUUCUAUGAAAUAAAAAGUAGCAAUAACAAUGAAUCUGUAGCCUUACAGAGCAUUUGUUUUUUAGAUGGGGUCAGUGACCCCCAUUUUAAAAGCGGAAAGAGUCAGAAGGCAAAUAAUUGAAAAACUAUAACAAAAUAAAUAAUAAAGACCAAUUGAAAAGUUGCUUAGAACUGACCAUUCUAUAACAUACUACAAGUUAACUUAAAGGACAAGGAAAGGCAAAACAAAACAAUAAAAUCCAAUUUUUACUUUCGUUAAUGAAAAAGAAACCUACCUCCAAUAUACUUUAAUUAAAAAAUGUGUACCAUUUAUACAAGAAACCUGACUGUAUGCAGUGAAAUUUUCCCUUAAUUUACUGCUGUGGAUAGGAAUUGUCAGAUGGUCCCUAACUGCUGAGCAGGGAAACAAUCAUACUUAUGAACAGCAGGGGGAGCCCCGCCUUACUUCCCAGCCAUGCAGAACUCAAGCAGCUUUGUUUAGGACGAUCCCUAAGCAGCCCCGACCAUACUGAGCAUGUGCAGGGUCAGGGUCAGGCAAAGAUGUUUAACAAAGUUACAAAAUGACAGCCCCCUGUGGCCAACUUUGAAAGCAUAAAUCAUUUGUUUGAUUAGGCUUGUGGUGCAGUAAGUUCAUGCUUAUGUUUAAUAUACAAAAUAAAGCAUUUCUAGCCUUA